UGCAAAGCCAGCGUUGCCUUGAUUAGUCACGGACCGCGAUGGCAUUAACUUCUGCUGCCGGACUUGUUUCUCUUUUGGAUGAUAAGGGCUCUGAUGUUAAAGCGUUUGCUCUGAAACGUCUCUAUGAGAUGGUUGACGAGUUUUGGGCUGAAAUUUCAGAAGCAGUAAUGAAAAUCGAGAUACUUCAUGAAGACUCUAACUUCGAGUACAAUAAACUGGCUGCUUUACUUGUGUCAAAAGUGUACUACCAUCUAGCUGUGUAUGAUGAUGCACUUCACUAUGCUUUAUGUGCUGAGGAUCUUUUUGAUCUAAAUGCGAAUACCGAAUUUGUGGAAACCAUUAUUGCUAAGUGUAUCGAUAAAUAUACCACUCUUCGGGUCGCUCAAGACCAAGUUGGGGAUUCAUCAGGUCCCGUGGUAACACAAGAUUCAGACGAUGGGUCCUGGUCCGUUAACAGUCCAACAUACAAAAGAUUAGAACAUGUUGUCAACAAAAUGUUCGACCGUUGCUUUGAUCAUAAACAGUAUAAGCAAGCUCUGGGGAUAGCUAUUGAGACUCGGAGGCUGGACAUAUUUGAGAAGGCAAUAGUUUCGUCAGAUGACCAAGAGGGCAUGCUUCGCUACGCUUUUCGUGUCGUUCUCACUCUCAUUGACAGUGUGCGCUUAAGAAACCGUCUUCUUAAAAUCUUAGUUUCUAUCUAUAUGAACCGAGCUCUUCCCUCCGAUGCUGUCAAUGUUUGUCAAUGCUUAGUACUAAUGGACGACCCACAGGCUACAGCAGAUACUCUAGAGCACUUGUUACUACAGUCACAAGAGGCAGCCGUAACAGCAUAUCAAAUAGGUUUUGAUUUGUACGAAAAUGCAACCCAAAACUUUCUUCAACGUGUUUCAGCCUCUCUUGCCCGGAGUUCAAAAUUAAGUCAUGUAAUGAAUUUAAUUGAGCGUGAUAAAACCUCUGCAAAAAGUUCAACAACAGAAGGUUCAGCUCCUACCACUGUUGAAGCUACCGAUAGUGAUAAAAGUAAAACAGACAACAAGGAAACGGAAGAAACAACGGAAACUGCAUCAGCUAGUGAAGCAAACAAAGAAACUGAGACGAAACCAGAUGAAACACUGUCAGAUUUGGAUAAAGAAAUUAAAAGUCGUCUUAUGCACUUGAUCAAUAUCUUAUCAGGAGAUAAAGUAAUUGAAUUACACCUACAAUUUUUGAUACGAAAUAACAAAGCUGACCUUCGACUGCUUGAACGCAUACGUGAUGAGGUGCGACAUUCCGUGACGCAUAAUGCUACAGUUAUUGCAAAUGGUAUUAUGCAUUGUGGGACAACAUCAGAUCAGUUUUUAAGGGAUCAUUUAAAUUGGUUAGGAAAAGCUGUAAAUUGGGCUAAAUUUACUGCUACUGCUACCCUUGGAGUUAUACACAAAGGUCACGAAAAGGAGGCGUUACGUCUGAUGUCUGCUUAUUUGCCGAAGGAUGCAAGUGGUUCAUCGGGUUCAGUGUACACUGAAGGUGGUGGUUUGUUUGCCUUGGGCUUGAUUCAUGCUAAUCAUGGUGGAACAAUGACAGAAUAUUUGCUCAAUCAAUGCAAGGAGGCUACUGCAGAACCAGUUCGCCAUGGUGCAUGUUUAGGUCUUGGUUUAGCUGCUAUGGGGACUGGUAGAGAGGAUGUGUAUGACCAAAUUAAACUUAAUCUUUAUCAAGAUGAUGCAAUCACAGGUGAAGCAGCAGGGAUUGGCAUUGGUUUGGUUAUGUUAGGAACAGGAUCAACACGAGCUAUUGAAGAUCUACUUGGUUAUGCUAAAGAAACAGCACAUGAGAAGAUUAUACGUGGCGUUGCCUUAGGUAUUGCACUUGUCAUGUACGGUCGAGUUGAAGAAGCUGAUGAACUUAUUGAUAAUUUAAUCAUUGACAAUGAUCCUAUUUUACGUUGGUCUGGUAUGGCAACCAUUGCAAUGGCUUACUGUGGGACUGGUAAUAAUCAGGCGGUAAAACGUUUACUUCAUGCUGCAGUCAGUGACACCAAUGAUGAUGUUAGACGAUGGGCUGUUACAGCUCUUGGAUUUGUUCUAUUCAAGAAUCCAGAGCAGGUCCCAUCACUAGUAUCCUUGCUUGUUGAAUCCUAUCAUCCUCAUUUGCGCUACGGUGCUGCUAUGGCUGUAGGAAUAGCCUGCGCAGGAACAGCGCUUAAAGAAGCUGUUAGUUUAUUGGAAACUUUACACGAAGGAACAGUUCCAUUUGUUCGUCAAGGUGCCUUAAUUGCUAAUGCAAUGGUAUUGAUUCAACAAAAUGCGGUUACUUCCCCUAAGUCUGUGGAUUUCCGUCAGAAAUUGUUAAAAAUUAUCGGUGAUCGUCAUGAAGACUUAUUAGCGAAAUUCGGUGCUAUCAUAGCAUGUGGUAUUUUAGAUGCUGGUGGAUGUAAUAUGACUAUUUCAUUGCAAACACGUACAGGUAAUGCUAAUAUGGCAGCAGCUGUUGGUCUGUUAAUCUUUCAAAAUUUCUGGUUUUGGCAUCCAUUAACCAAUUUUAUUAGUUUAGCAUUUACACCAACUGCAUUGAUAGCAUUGAAUAAAGAUUUGAAUAUGCCAAAAAUGCAAUUUCGUUCUAAUGCUAAACCAUCGACUUUUGCUUAUCCUCAACCAUUGCAACAAGAAAAAGAAAAGAAACGUGAAAAAGUAGAGACAGCUAUUUUAAGUAUAACAGCUAAACAACGUAAAAAAGAGGCUGAUCGGAAACAACACAAAGAACAACAACAACAACAGUCGACAACCACCGGUGGAGCAUCAGCUCGCAAAGAUACUCAAAACAAAGAAAUUAAAAUGGAUGUAGAUACUCCACCAGAAACUGCCAAAGAAGAACAACCUUCAACACCAUCGACUGAAACCAAAGAAGAGAAAGAACCGAAUUUCAGUUUACUGAAUAAUCCAGCUAGAGUAAUGCGUGCACAACAAAGAUAUGUAACUCUUCCUGAAGCAUCUCGUUACGUAACUUUAAAACCAAUCAGUCAGGGCGGAAUACUAAUGGUGCAAGAUAAAAGUCCUCAGGAUGCAGAAGUUUUAGUUGAAAAUGUACUUGGACAUGGUCCUACCUUGGAACGAUCAGGAGCCAAUGGGGGAGCUGGAUCAGCUGGAGGCGCAGGCAGCUCUGAUCUUGCUGCUGCAUUAGGCUCUGGAUCUAACUCUAAAACAGAGCUUAUCCAUGCAUCAACCAUUGGAGCUUAUCUUGACGAAGAUGAUGAUGAAGAUGAUGAAGAGGAUGAGGAUGACGAUGAAGAUUCUUCCAGUGAUAUGCAUGAAGAAGACGAAGAUGAUGAAGAAGAGUUUGAUGUAGCUGCGGCCACUGUUUCAACUGUUGAAUUAGAAGAGGUUGAUGAUCAAACUUCCAAAGUAGAUGUCGAGAUGAGUGAAGCAAGUACAGAGGUAAAACGUGAUAAAAGUCGUGGAUCCGCUUCAAGCCGUCGUAGUGGCAAAUCACAAGUAUUAGGUUCUGAACCGAAUCCACCAGAACCGUUUUUAUACAUAGAAGAAGGCACAACAUCACAAACUACAACGACAACAACAACACCAACUACAACAGUCUCAACAACAUCUAGCAGUUCUGGGAGCAGUAGUACUGGCAGCAAGUCACCCUCUUCUACAAGUACAGACUCCCCUGUAUAUCCUACUACUAAACAGUCAUCACCAUCUUCAUCCUCUGAACCUAUGGAUGUUAUAAUGGAAACUGAUAAAGAAUCCGAAAAGAAAUCAGAUUCUGAAUCAUCUGAUAACAAAUCAAAAGACAAUAAAGGCAAAUAAAUGAAUCAUUAUGUUCACCGCUAUGGAAAUAUUUUAGUUUUGUUUCAAACUCUGGUAUUACACCACUUCUAUACACAUAAAAAAUCUGCAUGAAGUUCUUUCUUGCCUAUUCAUUUUUAACUUGUUAAGUGUGUCUAUUUCUUACCUGAAAACUAAUACAUAAAUAUAUGUUGAUUCUGAAGAGAAAGUUAUCAUCAUGUUAAAGAGUGAAAUUGUUUGAUUUUGUGAGAAUGUUCUUACAUACUUAUUAAAACAUUAAAUGUGUGUGUACACUGACAAUUCAAAAACUGUUAAAAUGUAAUUUGUAUAAAAGCGUUGAAAAUCAA